GAGCAAAUUGGGUGAAAAAAUAGCAUGUUUUAUUUUCCCGUUAUUCAGCAGUUCAUUCAAUAAUUCAAUAUUUCUACACAUUUUAUAAUAUUUGCAGAAAACAGUAAACAACCUCUGCCGUGCUUGUGAUUAUAGGAAUCUUUGUGUAAAUUUCAUUAAAAACAUUUCCUUUUAUCACUAGUUGUGGUUAAGUGAUAAGCUUUGUUUUGGAAACGCUUUCAAUAGUCGCCCGACUAUUGGAAUUUAUAGGGAAUUUACAUGAUUUCAACUUUCACAGGCGAUUAGUUGAACCAAAUUCCCUAUUAUCAAGUUUUAUUUAAUCUUGUGUGCCACUGUGUCCUGAGUGUCUUGUUGUCAAGCAUAUUAAACCAGAAAUGCGUCGCUAGUUCUGAGAACUUCGUUUAUACAGCGUUUAUUAUAUGUAACUUUCAGAGAAGCCCCCCGACUAUUGGACUUUAUCAAGUUUUACUUAAGCUUGUGUGCUAUUGUAUCCUGAGUGUCCUGUUGCCAAUCAUAUAAAACCAGAAAUGCGUCAGUUCUGAGAACUUUAUGCAGCGUUUAAUAUAACUUUGAGAGAACCGUACGCUGGAGCGAAAACCUUGGAAUUGCUACCGAAAACAUCUUUAAACGAAAAUUUCUAAUUUUGCGAAUUGAAUUAAACCUCUGAGAAGCAAUGGCAGCACGCGGUCGCGGAUUUCUUUUAUCCCUCAAAACAGAGAAAGAUUCCACUGAUGGAGAUUCAUCUCUAAAGGAUAGUGGCUUAGGCAGUAAAAGUUUGAAUUCCGGUGGAGAGUAUCGUCGUGUCGGUCGUGGCAGGCUGCUAGAUGAUUUGGCUUCAUCAUGCACCAAUAUGACACUUGAGGGUCGUUCGUCUGACGAUACCAAUCAAGGAAAUAUUACAUCUACAACUGAUUCGAAUAAAGCUUCCCUGUUUGGGGGUCGCGGUCGUGCCAAUGUUUUCAAAACGUUAUUUACUGAUGAGCCAGCAGAGCCUAAGUUGGAUACUCAGCCCGUUCCCGUUUCCGUUCCCGUUCCCAUUCGCGCUCCUGUUCCAAUGCCUGUGCCUGAACCGGAGCCUGAGAAAGAGGUAAUUCAGGCCGAUAUUUAUAAUCCAGAAUUGAAACACGGCAACAAAGGUAUGCCAGUACGUUUGGCAUGUAAUUACAUACGUUUGUCAUCUGAUCCCGAAAAAGGUGUGUUUGUCUAUGAAGUGCGAUUCCAUCCCCCAGUAGAUUCGCUUAGUUUACGUAUGAAGUACCUGAAUGAACAUCGUGAUAAAUUUGGCGGCACUAAGACAUUUGAUGGAGUGACUUUAUAUCUGCCAAUUUUACUUAAAGAUAAACUAACAACUUUUCUCAGCAAAAAUGUCGCAGACAAUUCCGAUAUUGAAAUAAGAAUCUUAUUCAAACGCAAAGAAGCGCUCAAGAACUGCAUACAUCUAUACAAUGUGCUGUUCGAUAGAGUUAUGAAAACUUUGAAUUAUGUGCGUUUCGAUCGAAAGCAAUUCGAUCCAACUGCUCCGAAGGUCAUUCCACAGGCAAAAUUGGAGGUAUGGCCUGGCUAUGUAACCGCAAUUGAUGAAUACGAAGGCGGUUUGAUGCUGUGCUGUGAUGUAUCCCAUCGCCUUUUAUGCCAAAAGACUGUUCUCGAAACAUUAGUAGAAAUUUAUCGCUCUAAUCCCAACAUGUUUCAGGAAAACGCCAAAAAGUAUUUAUUGGGUUCACGGUACAAUAACCGAACGUACAGAAUCGACGAUAUUUGUUUUGAGAAAAACCCAAAAGCUACUUUUCAAACCAAACAAGCUGAAUUAUCAUAUAUCGACUAUUACAAGCAAAGUCAUAAUAUUUUGAUUAAAGAUGAAACUCAGCCCCUAAUAAUCAGUAUAAAAAAACAAAAGACUGCUGAUAAGCAAGCUGCGGAAGAUUUAGUUGUUUGUCUUAUUCCGGAACUAUGCUACCUGACAGGCUUGCGUGAUGAUAUACGUUCGGACUAUAAGCUAAUGCGUGAGAUUGCUACAUUUACCCGAGUCUCGCCAAACCAAAGAUUACUCGCUUUGGAGAAGUUUUUCAAGAACGUAAACAGUUGUCCAGAAGCUCAAAAAAUACUUGAGUGUUGGGGUUUAAACUUGAAGAAUGCACAUGAGUAUUUAAAUGGACGGCAAUUUGAGGAAGAAAAAAUCAUGUUGGGUAAAAAGCAAUUUGGGGCUGGUGUAAAUGCAGACUUUUCUAAAUAUGUUGGAAACAAUGAGGUUUUGGAAGUUGUGCACCUUAGCAAUUGGAUUUUAUUCCAUUGCAAAACGGACUCGCGAUGCGCCAAAAACUUUUACGAACAUGUGGAUCGCAAUUCUCGUGCUUUAGGAAUAAGGGUGGAUAAGCCGAAAAUAGUUAUUUUGGAUAACGAUAGAGUGGACACUUACGUAAAAGCUUUGAGAACGAAUAUUGAUGGGCAAACACAAAUAGUUGUGUGCAUUAGUCCGACAAAUCGUGAUGAUCGCUACGCGGCAAUUAAGAAAGUUUGCUGCGCUGAAAUACCAAUACCAUCGCAGGUAAUUAACGCGCGAACUUUACUGAAUGAGGCUAAAAAUCGUUCGAUCGUGCAGAAGAUCAUGUUGCAAAUGAACUGCAAACUUGGCGGAUCAUUGUGGGCUGUAAAAAUUCCAUUCAAGAAUGUUAUGAUCUGUGGAAUCGACUCUUAUCAUGAUGCAGCACAAAAAGGCAACUCUGUCGCUGCUUUUGUAGCCUCUUUGAAUCAAAAUUACACUAAAUGGUACAGCAAAGCUGUCAUACAGGGCAAGCGAGAGGAAAUUGUGAAUGGCCUUUGUUCGUCAUUUACUGCUGCGGUAACACGUUUCCAUCGAGAGAAUGGAGUUUUUCCUGAUAACAUAAUCAUUUAUCGAGAUGGUGUUGGCGAUGGUCAAUUGCCGCUUUGUUCCGGCCACGAGAUACCACAAUUGGAGGCGGCUUGCAAGCGCGCUUUCAAGGAUUAUGCUGUCAAAAUAACCUUUAUUGUUGUACAGAAACGUAUAAAUACGAGAUAUUUUUCUACGAAUGGAUCUAAUGUCGACAAUCCACCACCGGGCACAGUCGUAGAUAAUGUCAUAACACGUUCAAAGAUGUACGACUUUUAUUUGGUAUCGCAGACAGUACGUCAGGGCACCGUGACGCCAGCACAUUACAUAGUGCUAAGAGACGAUGCCAAAUAUAGUCCUGAUAUUAUACAAAGAUUGACAUAUAAACUCUGCUUUAUGUACUACAAUUGGCCAGGAACUAUUCGAAUACCUGCAUGCUGUCAAUACGCGCACAAAAUGGCGUAUUUAAUCGGCCAAAGCAUACGAAGGGCAACAUCGGAAGAGCUUUCCGAUAGACUAUUUUAUCUUUAAGAUUUUAUUUGAUA